CCUAACCCAAACCUUCAAUAAUCCUGAGAGUCUCUACCUCGGUCUCUCUUCCCGGUCGAAGACAGCCAUGCAGAGGACGCUCUCCAAGCUUCUAUUCAACAAUCUCGCGAGGCAGCUCUGCCAUCUGCCUAAAGCUUCGAUCUUGGGGAGAUGUCUGCCGGCGAUCGACUUCAGUACGAAUAACGAUCCUGGCGGACCGACGAGAGGCGGGAGGCGCAGGGACGACGGCUCCGAGGAUCUCUUCCUUCGAAGUCUCAACUUCGGGGACGACGGCGGUGAAGAGCAAGAGAUGACACAUCAGGAAGCCCCUUCGCGUCGACCCUCCGCUAGGCCACCGUUGGGCGGUGGCCAACAGAGUGGAAAGGAGCCGUCUUUCCGAGGGGAUGACAGCAUUGACAUCGCGUCAGGUGAUCUUUUUCCUGGCCUGGAGUUCGGCGACGGGAGUAGAGGUCUUCGCGGGCGGUCCCGCAACGGACCCGUGAGGAGAGACACUCCUAGAGAGGAUUUUGGUCGUCAAGACAAUAUGGACGGAUUCGGGACUGCCCGACAGAGAUCGCCGUCACGGUCUGCUGGCGGAUUCAGGGGAGAGGAAUUGGACGAUGGUGGUGAGGAGAGAAGAAGCGAUCGAAUUGGGGAUUCCCUGGCGCAGAAAAUUAAUUUCGGAGAAGCUGGUCGGCGUAACAGGGUGGAAGAAGCCGAUCAAAAGCCUGCAGUGGCCGAGUCUGCUGCGCAGGAGGCGCCGCCAGAAGACGCCGACGAGAUUUUCAAGAAGAUGAAGGAGACUGGGCUUAUACCUAAUGCUGUCGCCAUGCUCGACGGGCUCUGCAAAGACGGGCUGGUUCAAGAUGCCAUGAAGCUGUUCGGAUUAAUGCGUGAGAAGGGCACGAUACCGGAGGUUGUGAUUUACACUGCCGUAGUGGAAGGAUUCUGCAAGGGGGCAAAAUUUGACGAUGCAAAGAGGAUCUUCAGGAAAAUGCAGAAGAACGGAAUCGUGCCAAACGCAUUCAGCUUCAAGGUUCUCAUUCAGGGUUUAUGCAAAGGGAAGAAGUUGGAGGAUUCGGUUGAGUUCUGUAUGGAGAUGUUGGAUGCUGGGCAUGCACCGAGUGUGGCGACUUUAAUCGGUUUGGUGGAUGGAUUCUGUCAAGAGAAGGGGGUCGAAGAAGGGGAGAAUGUCAUCAUAAGGUUGCGGGAAAGAGGUUUUGUUCUUGACGAAAGAGCUGUUCGAGAGCAUUUGAACAAGAAAGGACCGUUCUCGCCGAAAGUUUGGGAUGCUUUCUUCGGGAAAAAGAACUCGCGAGGACCUUUUUGAUCUCUUCCUCAAGAUAAUUGAAUUCUGAUGAGGUGCAGCUGUAGGCAUCAUGAGAUUGGUAUGUGUUAUAGAUUGAGGGCAACUGAGAAACUUGUGGAAAUAUUUCUCAUCUUGGAUGAUUCUUUGCAUCUCUUCCCAUAAAGUAGCUCAGGCUGUGUUAUAUCAGAGUACAAGUUGGAAAGGUUAUUGAGAGAUGUAAUGAGUAUUUGAUAAUGGAUUUUGCACAUUUUAUGUUCCAAGCUUGACUUUGUGAA